CGACAUGAGGAUGGAAGAAAAGGGAGCAGAGAAUGGAGUGGCGGCUAUGGCAGCCUGCUACCAGGGAUUUGAUCCUGCAGAGUAUCUGCAGAGUAACUACACUCCACCACGGGCUGAUUUUGAAAGAAAGGACAGCAUUUUGUCGUGGGAACUGGCAUGCCUGCAUAGAGCUUUCACUGAAGGUGAUGUGAGUGGUGAGCUGCUGGUGGACAUAGGUUCAGGUCCCACCUUGUACCAGGUGAUGAGUGGCUGUGAGGUUUUCAACAAGGUGUUCCUCACAGAUUUCCUGGAGGUCAACAGGCAGGAGCUGAGGAGCUGGCUCCAGGACGAGGGCGGCUGCAGCCUGGACUGGACACCAUUCCUGCAGCACGUCUGCAAGCUGGAGGGACGACGGCCCUCAGCAUGGACAGAGAAGGCUGCCAGGCUACGUCAGGUCAUCGUGGACAUUGUCCCCAUUGACGUGAACCGCCCUCAGCCUCUGGCCCAUGACGCCCUUCCUUCAGCAGGGGCCGACUGUCUCGUGUCCUGCUUCUGUCUGGAGAGUGCCAGCCCUGACCUGGCUGCCUUCACCAGGGCCCUGGGCCACAUUGGGAGGCUCCUGCGGCCCGGUGGCCACCUCCUGCUCAUCGGAACUCUGGGAAUGAGUUACUAUAUGGCGGGGGAUGGGGUAAAGAUCCCUACGGUCCCAGUGAAUGAGGCCCAGGUCUGUGCUAGUUUGAAGGAGAGCGGCUACACCCUGAUCAGGCUUGAGGUUUACACAGUGCCUCAGGACAUGAAUGUGGGGACUGAUGAUGCGUAUGGGGUGUUUUUUGUAAAGGCAAUGAAGGAGUAAGUGUGAGAAAAAGAGGAUAGAUAAAGGCUAUUAAAGAUGAAAGUGAGAAAGUAAGUAUCCAGAUGAAAAUAUUACAUAUUAGGCCGAGGUAAAUGCAAGGUUUAGCACAUUAGACAAUGAGGAAAUGGGCUACUGGUGAUGCUAAUAAUAAUAUUCACACAUAUUUGUUUUUUUGGGGAUGAGAGGUUGCUUUCAUUCUGAUCUUCAGUCGUUUAAAUUGUUUUCGAACUGACUCUUAAUGGAAAAAAAAUGCAAAGACAAAAAAACAUGUAAAUGAAAUAUUCACUUCAUUUCCUUGGUCCAGUGAAUGUCUUUUCUGAGGGUGAAUAAGGAGACGGUUCCUUUGUCUUUCUGUUAGAAAUGUAAUCACACAUUGCCCCCUGCAGUACAAACACAGCAACUACAGCAUCAAGAAUGUAACGCUUCCAUUUUGAUGAUGAGUUGCGCGUUAUGU